AGUGCGUGUGCGUGCGUAGAAGUGGUAAUGGAGGAUUGUCACAGGGGACUGACUUAGCGAGCAGUCCUCUUUCUCUUCUGUUCGCAACUGCUGUUUCCACUGACUACGAGGCAUUCACACCGCCGGAAACAACUCCCGAAUCAACCGAGAGCAGGUGGCUCUGCCACUGAGUUUCUGGGAUGGCGUCCGACGUGGUUUCCCAAAACCAUGGUUCCAAGGGGAUCAUGACUUUUUACCCCACUGCUGAGCAAUUCAAGAACUUCAGCCGCUACAUUGCAUAUGUGGAGUCCCAGGGAGCACACAAGGCAGGCCUGGCUAAAAUUGUCCCACCAAAGGAAUGGAAGCCUAGAGGAUCCUAUGAUGACAUCGAUGAGUUGGUGAUACCUGCACCCAUCCAGCAGGUGGUGACAGGCCAGUCGGGCCUUUUCACGCAGUACAACAUUCAGAAGAAGUCUAUGACCGUCAGAGAGUUCCGCAAGAUUGCCAACAGUGACAAGUUCUGCAGUCCGCAUUAUGAUGACUUUGAGGAGCUGGAAAGGAAGUACUGGAAGAAUGUGACGUUCAACCCUCCAAUAUAUGGAGCAGAUGUUAAUGGAAGCCUGUAUGACCCUGAAAUCAAAGAGUGGAACAUUUCCCACCUGGACACUAUUUUGGAUACCGUUGAAAGUGAGAGCGGCAUCACUAUUGAGGGUGUUAAUACACCCUACUUGUAUUUUGGUAUGUGGAAGACCACCUUUGCAUGGCACACUGAGGACAUGGACCUCUACAGUAUUAACUACUUGCACUUUGGAGAGCCCAAAUCAUGGUACUGUGUUCCUCCAGAGCAUGGGAAGAGAUUGGAGCGUCUGGCUCAAGGCUUCUUUCCUGGUAGUUCCCAAAAUUGUGAGGCUUUCUUGAGGCACAAGAUGACUCUCAUCUCUCCGUCUAUCCUGAAGAAAUAUGGCAUUCCGUUUGAAAAGAUUACUCAGGAGGCUGGUGAGUUCAUGGUUACUUUCCCCUACGCCUACCAUGCUGGCUUCAACCACGGCUUCAACUGUGCUGAGUCUACCAACUUUGCGACAGAGAGAUGGAUCGAAUAUGGCAAGCAAGCCGUUUUGUGCUCAUGCCGCAAGGACAUGGUGAAAAUUUCCAUGGAUGUAUUUGUGAAGAAGUUCCAGCCAGAUCGCUACGAACAGUGGCUGGCAGGGCGAGAUGUGUUGCCCAUCAACCACUCACGACCCACUCCGGAGGCUAAGGAGUUCCUUGGGGAUUCUGUAAAUGACAUCCCAAGCAACAGUAACAGUUGCUCUGUGGAGAUCUGUGGAGAGGACGGGGAGCGGAAGAGCACUACACAGAGGAUAGAGACCAAGAGACACAGGGUGUGUCUGGAGGUACCUGAGGAGGUUGUUCCUAAGGAUGAAGAUGAUGAAGAUGAGGAGCAUUACGGGAAGCGUCCCAGGCUAAGCCUCAUACCCCCACGUACUACAUCACAAGAUGGCAAGAGGAAUAAAGGCCCACCAAAACUGGUUGUCACGCCUACCAAGCUCACUUUAAUGGAUCCGUUUCACAGAGGCUUGACCCAAAGUAACAGCGAUGGAGGCCGUCCUCAUUAUACCAAGACCCGUGCACCUGCCAUCUCUUCUCAGUCUCAUGCCAGAAAUGGACAUCUGUCUGUGUCAGUGGCGCCUUCUUGGGCAGAAGCUUCUGCACAGCCAUCCCGCAAAAUGGGGGUGGCCAGCCUGCUCUUCCACAGGACACUGAGUCCUAAAGACACUCUUCAGGUGCACAGCUACACUCUAGAAAAGCAGCGGCAACCGCACACACAGCUGCAGGUGCACAGCUACGCCAGAGAGCAUCAACCCCGUCAUCUCCAGCACAAAACCCACCCACAGCCCCGCACACAGGUACAGCCUUCGUCUCCGGCACCAAGCUGUGAAACGACAGAGCUACAGCCCGAAUCUAAAUUCAUCCUUACCAAAGUAGCAACGGCUGAAUCUGAAGCAAAGAGUCCGGAGAAGCGGGACCAAGAGGAGGACAAACCUCAAAUGUCAAUGUCCGUUGAGGCUCUGCCGGAAUCGGAGGAGCCUGAAGUUCAGCCCACCAGCAGGUCUGCUUCCCUACAGGUUCAACCACAACCUCAAGAGUUGGACAACACAGGGAAAGAAACUCCCAAGAGCAACAAGCGAAAGAGUAACCAAUGCCCCCUUGCGGAUAGUGGCAUUGUCAUCCUGAAAGACACCGUUCCUCUCCAGGAACCAAAUCACAGUGAGACGAAGGUGAUCGCUCAGAGUCAUCACUCAUUGCUCCAGCAGGUAUCAGAAGAGCAGUCAUACUGCAAGUCAGUGGUGAAGAAGCAACAGCAGCAUGAACUGCUCCGUAAGCUGCCUCGCCACCACCCUCUGAUCAGAGAGGUGCACAGCGACGAAGACAUGUGUGUAAAUGUGGAGUUUGAACAAGAGGAGAAAGAGGAGUGGGCGAAGCCGCUAAGCCAGCUGUGGCAGUGUCGACCUUAUAACCCUGAGGCAGAGAGGGAGUACAACAAAAGCAUGGGGCAGCACGCCCCCUUCUGCUCCAUCUGCCUCAUCUUUCAUACUUACCAUCAAUCCGACUCCAGUAGUGGAAGUUCUACUUUGACGUUAGUGAACCGUCCAGGGGGCCGCCAGUGGUCCAAACCUCUCAUCCCAGAAAUGUGUUUCAACACCCAAACCAGCAAGACGAACGAGAGCGAGGAGGGACAGCUGUCUAACCCCCACAUCGGAGAGGACGGAACCAGCCAGCUCGUCAGCUGUGCUCAGUGCUGUGUUCGUGUACACACCAGUUGCUAUGGUGUAUCCGGUGAUGAAGCGGAGCUCAAUGACUGGCUGUGUGCCCGCUGUGAGGCUGAUGCCACCACCGAGGACUGCUGUCUGUGUUCCCUGAGAGGCGGCGCUCUGCAGAGAGCCAACAACGACAAGUGGGUUCAUGUGCUGUGUGCCAUAACUGUGCUGGAAGCUUGCUUUGUCAACGUCACCGAGCGGAGCCCCAUCGACCUCUCUGCCAUACCACUGCCACGGUUCAGACUGAAGUGUGUGUACUGCAGGAAACGGAUGAAGAGGGAAGUGACUGGCUGCUGUGUCCAGUGCUCCCACGGCCGCUGCUCCACGGCGUUUCACCCCACCUGCGCUCAGGCCGCUGGGAUCCUCAUGCACCCGGAUGACUGGCCAUUCGUCGUCUUCGUCACCUGCCAUAGACACAGAACGCCCAUCCUACCUGAGCGCAACAAGGCCUCCAUGCGGGAGUUGGCAGUGGGGCAGAAGGUGAUCUGUAAAUACAGAAACACCCGUUAUUACCACAGCGACGUGGUGGAACUGACAACGGCCACCUUCUACGAGGUGGUGUUCGACGACGGGUCCUACAGCGACAACCUCCUCCCUGAGGACAUCGAGAACCGUGACUGCGUCCGCCUCGGUCCGCCCACUGGUGGUGACGCUGUUCAAGUGCGGUGGACAGAUGGACUGAUCUACGGAGCCAAAUUUGUAGCAUCCCACUCCAUCCCCAUGUACCUGGUGGAGUUUGAGGAUGGGUCUCAAAUCACUGUCAAGCGAGAGGACAUCUACACUCUGGAUGAGGAUCUGCCCAAACGAGUCAAGUCACGAAUGUCAGUGGCGUCGGACAUGCGCUUUGAGCUCUUCGCGCAGAAAGACGUCAAACAGACCUCCAAAAGGCAACGGGUCAUCAACUCUCGAUACCGGGAGGACUUCGUCGAGCCCGUCAUCUACCGGGCCAUCAUGGAGUAACUGGUUAUUCCUUACUCCCCCUACCUGCUUUCCACCACCACCUCUUCAACUCACCGCAGAGAGCUCCAGGUCUUCACCGUUUCUGGAUACUGAUGACGACCGCCCCACCUUCUUCCUCCUCCUCCUCCUCCUCCUCCUCCUCUUCCUCCUCUUCCACAGCCUGUCAGGCUAUAUAUUUAUAAACUACGGCUGGGACAUUAAAAGACUUAUGCGUGCGUUGAAUACAUAUUGUUAGACCUCCAUUUUCCAUAACACCCUGUAGAUUGUUUUUCUUCUUCCUAUUCAUGUUGUUUUUUCUUUUUCUCAGGAAGAAGCCAUCUAUCAAUUAUUAAGUAAGGAAAAUGUUUGGCUAUCUUUUUCUCUCCCACCACAUUUUGCAGCUAUCAAGUAAACACACAGUGAACAGCAUAGUUUUUCUUAUCAAGUUUCUUUGUAAACAACAUUUUGCUCUUGCCUUUUAUAAUAAGUUAUCAGAAUAUUUUACAGUGCUUGGCGAUGAGCUUUUAAGACGAAAUGUGAUCUUGGGUCAGUUAUUUUUUCUUCAGCCAUGACAUCAAAUGAAAAGGCGGAACUGUACACUGUGAGCCAAUCAGCUGUUGACUAAUGACUACAAUAAAAAUUUGACUCAUCAAUUUGAUUUAUUAUAACCCCAAAGAACUGAAAUGAUGCAUCAGGGUCAGUGUCUGACACAACUUUAAAUUGUACCAGUCACAUUGUGCAGUGCAUCAUGGUCUGCAAGCCGUUCUCCUCAUGGUUAUGACGACGUGCGUCUACUGUGACAGUAGAAGAAAACCACGUGUGUUUUCGUGGCCCGAGCCUUACGUUUGAAAAGGGUCAAGCGUACUUAGUUUUUUUUUUUCUAAAGCUUAAGGGUUUAUUAUGACUGUUGUAAUUAAUGUUAUUAUUGAACUUUAUUUAUGCGAGUGCAUUAGAUUUGAAAACAGAGCUAUUUUUGUCAUGUCCUUUUCACACUCAGAUGUAUUUAUAUUUAUUAUAUUGAUGGGACUACAGAAAUUCUGUCAAAAUUUUUAGGCUCGCCUUUGCUUCAUUGGAUUUCAAGGUGUGAAUAAUCUGGCUCGUGUUCCCCGUUAAGCGAAAGCACUCUUCUUGUAACCUGUUGCCGUGGGACUUCUUUUUCUUUAGCAUUUUCUAGACACAGACUUCAUUAAGCUUGGUAUGUGUGCGUGCGUGUGUCAAAUGCUAUAGCUCUAGCGACAAAGGUUGUAACCAGGUGAAGAACCCCAUUGUAAGAGGAUCAUUUUCAGAUUUAAUUCAUACAAGUUUUCCUUCACGCCAUGUCCCUUGUACCUGCUUUGAGACAGUCCUUUGUGUAAAGAGUCAUGAGAAGAUGUUGGCUGCAGUCGGACGAGGUGGGCGGACGCCUCGCGAUGUGCCCAUGUCAUGAUGACUGUUGUCUGUUUGGUUUCAUUUGGGACUCACGUCCAAGGCAGCAUCAAAUCUUGUGUACUCUUUGUAAACAUCAACUGUUUGAGUAAAGUGUGAGCUCUGAAAA